AUGUCACUGCAUCCAUCCAACACUUCAGACGCCGCCCUGCCCUCCGGCUUGCCGGACAGUACCUUUGUCAAUCCUGCUGUUGGUAUGCCUGAUACCAAUGCUGCGACCCCAGCCGAUUCGAGGGGCACUGGGUCCGUUGACUUCGAUGACCCUGUCAUCGUUGCCCAGUUUAGUCACGUUGAAGAGACUCACAAGGCAAUAUACAAAUGUAUAGAAGAGAUGUGUGCCAAACGACUCCGGUUCUUCCAAGAAUUUCGUUUGAGAGCAGAGGACUCAAGCCUCUGGCUUUCACGCCUGAUGGCGCUGGUUCUGAAAGCUCAAAGGGGUCGUCGCUUGAUGGCUCUGCGUCAACUCCACAUUGCCGCUAUGGCAGCACGCGAUUUCCAGACCAGCAUCGACCUCGACGACAGCUUGGACAUCAUAACACGGUCGAUGCCCGAUCUCCGCCGUCAAGUCUCAGAGAUCCUGGAAUUGCUUGAAAUCGACGAGCCCCGGAUGUCUGAUAAUGAACGCGACAAGCUCCGCGAACAAUUGUACGUAUUGGAGACCGGCUUGUCCUCUUGCGAAAUCAUGGAGAAGAGCAUUGCCACCACAUAUGAGGAUAUACGACCUCGCUUCGAGUUACUGUGCCUCCCAUGGACUGAUCUGCAGCCCAUGCUCGACGCAAGCGCACCACUGGGGUUUGAACGGGAGGCCGUCAGGCAGAGACUGGCAGAUAUCGUCACCGCAGUUCAAGACAUCAUGCACGAGUGCAAGGAGAUCGAGGAAUGCUCUGCUGUCAACGCCUUCCUCGUGAUCACAACCUGGAGUCGCAACCUGGAUGCGGUGACUAUGGAGGACCGAGUUGAUAUGCUCGGUGACUACGACACCCUCCAUGCCGACGUACGAUCUCUGCUCACUCAGCAGAAUAUUGUGCUCAAUGCGUUUUGCAUGGAGAUCGAAGCUAUCAGAUCUGCUCAGCCACUUGUUCGCACACCUCUGGACGACUUUGAGGUCUCCGAUCUCAGCGCAACGCUCUUGACAUGCCAUUCCCUCGGCGAGAACAUUCGUAGCAUUUGCGAGCUGCGAAACAAGAUCACCAAUGGAUUGAAUACAAUGUCUGACUACCUCCAUGGGUGGAGGAGCUCGGCUUAG